UUCUAAUGAAGUUUGUGCCAGCGUUGGGUUUGGGUUGUUCACUUUGAGGUUGGCUGGUGGUCACCUCUGACUCAGAGGGAAUAAGACAGGAUUAACCGAUCAGAGUAUUUCACCCGGAAGAGGACGAAGCGUACAGUCGCAGUACAUGUGAAGAUUGCUGUCAUCAGAAUUGAAUAUGUUGGUAUUGAAAACGCUUUAAAUGGUGAAUUGUAUUUAAUAAUCGUUUAACUUUUAAGUGCUUAAUAAAACGACAGUCGUUAGCGGAGAUGGUUGUCGGGUGCUUUUGUAAAUCCCUUUCAUGUGCAAGCAGACUCAGAACAAUCACAACACACACAAGAGACAUUCGACUGUUUCUUAAGCGUCCAGCCAUUCACAGGACUGCUAAGAGCACACUACAAGAGCUUGAAAAUGCAAAUCCAAGAUCCUUUCAUACAAGUCAUCCUGCGAUGGUCACAAAGAUUCUGUCUGUGGAUGAGAUCUUCAGCAAGAAGUCCUUGCAUGACUAUCUGAAGAAGAAGGAAAUGGAGUAUGACUCGUGCUUGGAGGCUGUCAAUACUGAUAACCAAACGCUGGAUGAUGAAGACAUGAGAAUGAAGAGGAAUAAUCUGUCUGUACUAGCCCCUCUGGUCCAAAAACUGAAAGAGCUGGAAGACAAACAGAAGGAAUUGGAGGACACGCAAGACUUGUUGAAAGAUAAUGACCCAGACUUGCACGAUCUGGCAGAGACAGAGAGCCAGACUUGUUUAGCAGCCAUUCAUGACAUAAAACUCAAGAUUUUAUCUCUUCUGAUCCCGGAGGAGGAAUCAGACAUGAGUGAUCUGGUCCUAGAGGUCACUGCUGGGGUGGGCGGUCAAGAAGCGAUGCUUUUCACUGCUGAGAUCUUUGAUAUGUAUCAAAACUUUGCCGCUUUUAAUGGCUGGGGCUUUGAUGUCCUUGAGGUCAUGUCUAGUGAACUAGGGGGUGUAAGACACGCAACAGCCAGCAUCAGUGGUCCACUAAGCUAUAAGAAGUUCAAGUUUGAAGCGGGCGUCCAUCGUGUGCAGAGAGUCCCGAAAACCGAGAAACAAGGUCGCAUGCACACCAGCACCAUGACAGUGGCCAUUCUUCCCCAACCCACUGAGAUCUCAUUUUCCAUUAACCCCAAAGAUCUGAGAAUAGAGACAAAGAGAGCCAGUGGAGCAGGAGGACAACACGUCAACACCACUGACAGCGCUGUGAGGAUCGUUCACCUGCCCACUGGUAUAGUCUCUGAAUGCCAGCAGGAGCGUUCUCAGAUAAAGAACAAAGAGAAAGCCAUGACGCUACUGCGUGCAAAACUCUACAGCGCAAGACUGGAAGAGGAGACCAGUAAGAGAUACCAGGCUCGAAAACUCCAGAUUGGCACCAAAGGAAGAUCUGAGAAGAUCAGAACGUAUAACUUCUCUCAGGACAGAAUCACCGAUCACAGAAUGGGAAAGACCAUUCACGACGUCCAUGGAUUUUUACAAGGAGAGGAACUGCUGGAGGAGACGGUUGAGUUUCUGCAACAGUUUUCAGAGCAAGAAUCCCUCAUGGACAUUCUCAAAGACAUUGAUUAUAACCAACAGUGACUUGUGGCAAUAAAGAAAUGUGUAAACGUUUUGUCUUGAAGGGGUCAAAUUGUUUGGCCGAGAAUAAGCACAAUCCAUCAGUUUCAAACACUCCAUGGCUUUCUCCAGAUCUUAACACAACAGUGUGAAAUACUUUAGUGGGAGUCCUUCACCCUAAAACAAAUGGUAAUGUAGAGUUACUCUAUUGUACUAUAUAUCAUUCUUAACAUGAGAUUGUAUUUUACAUCAAUUACAUAAUUCUAGAUUGCGGUAUAUUAUCAUUUAAAUGUAUAAAUUGCGGUAUUUUAUCACAGCUGCCUGAACUCUCUGUAAGUCGCUUUGGAUAAAAGCGUCUGUAAAUGAACAUUUGGUGAUCUGUGU